UAUUAUUUUUCUUCCUCAGAAUAAACAAGAAUUGCUGAAGACUAUAGUAAAUAUUUACUACUGUUUAAAAAUUAUUGAAAAAUAUGUCCUACAUUUAUUUGGUGCCGGUGGCCGUUUUUCUGUUAUUCCAGAUUACUUUUCUCGGAACUUAUAUUGCCGCCGUCCUUCAGGGUCAUGUAGUGCCCACAGUACCGUAUAUAAGUGACGAUGGCACAUACUCUCCAGAAAGUUGCGUAUUUGGGCAGCUUAUAAAUAUUGGCAGUGUGCUAUUGGGUAUCACUAUUUACAUACGAUAUCGUCAAAUUCAACAACUUUACAGUCAUCAUCCCGAUUUGGGAUCCUUGCUUUUGCGUUACAACAAGAUAGCAGUCUGGUUUGGUAUGGCUUCGUGUUUAGGUAUAAGUAUUGUUGGUAAUUUCCAAGAAACAAAUGUUCGGAUUGUUCACUUUACUGGUGCAUUUUGUUGCUUUGGUUGUGGGACGGUGUACUUCUGGUUGCAAGCGUUAAUUACCUAUUUGGUAUAUCCGAUUGCGGGUUCAAAAUUAUACGCUCACAUACGACUGGGAAUGGCUAUAGCCUGCACCAUACUUUUCAUUUUGAUUGCCGUAACUGGUGUAAUGUCACAUAUUCUCUUCAAAGGCGAUAAUCCAAGACAAUGGUAUCCCUCGGAUGGUGGUUGGUACUUCCAUGUAGUGAGUUCAAUAUCAGAGUGGAUUAUGGCUACUAUUUUCUGCUUUUAUAUCCUAUCUUUUACGGACGAAUUUCGAGAUGUUCGUCUAGAACAUCCUGAGUUGACGUUCAUCUCCUAUUCCAUAACUUUAUAAAAAUGUUUAAGUUGAGUAUAUGUGCUAUAUAUAUUUUUAUACUCUUGCAACAUGUUGCUACAGCAUAUAAUAGUUUUGUUCACCUAGCGUUUGUUUGUAUCACGUAAAAUUAAUCGAUUAUCUAUUAAAGGGUUAUACAUAAGUAUAUAAAAGAUCAAGGUCAUGAGGCAAGUCGAAAUCCGACCGACUGUCUGUUUGUCCGUCCGUAUGCCGCAUAUGUAGACAACAGUUGGUUUUGCUAACGUUUUACCGAAAAUAUGCUCAACCUGUCAGAUAUACAUAUUAUUGAAAUUCAGAAAAACAUUUCUCCAGUUUUAAUCC